AAAAACUCACUGAGUAAACACCCUGGGGAGGAACUCUGACACCUGCCUUCGUCUCCGACUAAAAUCAAACUAACACUGAACAAGGAGAACAGAGAGAGAACUGAGCAACUAGACACUGAAACACAGACUGCUGCAGGAGGAAAAACAAGCAAAUCAAAGUGAAACUUCACUUUGAGACAAAAUGGCUUCCAGAUCAGACGAUGAUCUCUGCUGUCCGGUCUGUCUGGAAAUGUUUAAGGAUCCGGUUCUUCUGUCAUGUAGCCACAGCUUCUGUAAGGAGUGUCUGAAGAAAUGUUGGAGCACAAGAACUGGUCGUUCAUGUCCAGUUUGUAGGAAAAGAUCUACAUCAGAUGCUCCACCCUGUAAUCUGGCUCUGAAGAAUCUCUGUGAGUCUUUCUUACAGCAGAGAGAGCAGAGAGCUUCAGAGGAUCUCUGCUCUCUGCACUCUGAGAAACUCAAACUCUUCUGUCUGGACCAUCAGCAGCCAGUUUGUGUUGUCUGCAGAAAUUCAGAUUUACACAAAAACCAUAAAUUCAAACCCAUCGAUGAAGCUGCUCAGCAACACAAGAAGAACCUUCAGGAAACUCUGGAGCCUUUAAAGAAGAAGCUGGAGCUCAGGAAGAAAGUUCAGGAGGAGUUUGAUCAGACAGCAGAACACCUGAAGGUCCAGGCCCGACACACAGAGAGGCAGAUUAUGGAGCAGUUUAAGCAGCUUCAUCAGUUUCUAGCAGAGGAAGAGGAGGCCAGGCUGGCUGCACUGAGGGAGGAAGAGGAGCAGAAGAGAGGGAUGAUGAAGGAGAAGAUGGAGGCUCUGAGCAGAGAGAUAGCAGCUCUUUCAGACACAGUCAGAGCCACAGAGGAGGAGCUGAGAGCUGAAGACGUCUCAUUCCUGCACAACUACAAGGCUGCAGUGGAAAGAGUCCAGCGCUGCCCCCUGCUGGAGGAUCCACAGCUGCCCUCAGGAGCUCUGAUAGACCAGGCCAAACAUCUGGGCAACCUGGCCUUCAACAUCUGGAGCAACAUGGAGAACAUGGUGACCUACACUCCUCUGGUUCUGGACCCAAACACGGCUGGUCCAAAACUCCAUCUCUCUGAAGAUCUGACCAAUGGGUGGAGAGAAGAGGAUCAACAGCUUCCUGAUAAUCCAGAGAGGUUUCGUUACUGUUGGCGUGCUGUUCUGAGUUCUGAUGGUUUUAACUCAGGGAACCACAGCUGGGAUGUUGAUGUUGGAGACAGUUCAUUCUGGAUACUUGGUGUGUUAGAAGAGUUUGUUCAGAGGAAGAGAUAUAUAGAGUCUGGAUUGUUGACUGUAGAGUUUUAUUCAGGUAAAUACUAUGCACAGUCUCCACCAGCUCCUCCCACAUGUCUCUCAGUCCAGAAGAAUCUCCAGAGGAUCAGAGUGAAUCUGGACUGGGACAGAGGAAAGCUGUCCUUCUCUGAUCUGGAUACUAACACACACAUACACACCUUCACACACACCUUCACUCACAAGAUGCUUCCAUUCUUCGCCACUGAUGACACAGUAAAGAUCGUACCGAUGAAGAUCUCAGUGAUCAAGCAGCAGCUCUGAUGAUCUCAGCAUGAAGAUCACAAAGUCCAAAUAAAAACUUAUUGAUCAGAUUGAAACUGUGAGUUUUAAAGAGGAAACUGGAGAUGAUCUGAUCAUCUGGAGAUUCUUCA